UCUCCUCAGCAGCUUCAUUCAGCAGCAUCUUCUACCUUCUACUCAGUUUCUCUUCUUUAUCCCAUAUUUACUUUAUACUUCCAGGUGAAGCUGGCCGGUCCUUACGAUAACUUCUGUUCAAGCCCUCCUUUGCUCCUAUUCGUCUAGUUUUACUUGGCCUUCCCAAAAUGGCUCCUCUUCUUAAGAUCGCUGCUUUGUUGAACCUUUCUCUUUACGUCGCCGCUCAAGGCACUCAAUUCAUUACUGGACCAUGCACCUCAGAUGCUGAUUGCGCUUCCGCAUGCUGCGGCUUCAACUCUGGCAAAUGCGCUGGGCCUGUCGUGGCCCAGGAGCGCGACGGCGGCUGUGGCUUCGGCGACGCUCAGCCGAACGACAACGCUGCUCAAGCUCUAACGGGCGGAGCUGGAAAUGCCAACGCAGCCCCGAGCGCCGCCGCAGCAGCUCCCGCCCCAACUUCGGCUGCCGGCGCCGCAAACGGCCAAGGCACACAAUUCAUCACUGGCGCUUGCACAUCUGAUGCCGACUGUGCGUCUGGAUGCUGCGGCUUCAACUCCGGAAAGUGCGCGGGGGCCGUCGUUGCUCAGGAGAGAGAUGGUGGCUGCGGAUUCGGCGAUGCUCAGCCAAACGACGAUGCUGCUCAGGCUCUCACAGGAGGUGGAAGCGCCAACGGAAAUGGGAACGCGAAUGCCGAGGCCGCCAGCGGGACCCAGGCUGCGGCAGCUAACGGCGCCGGGACCCAGUUCAUCACUGGGCCCUGCACAUCGGACGCCGACUGUGCUUCGGCCUGCUGCGGCUUCAACUCCGGGAAGUGCGCCGGUCCAGUUGUCGCUCAAGAACGUGAUGGUGGGUGUGGAUUUGGAGAUGCGCAGCCCAACGACAAUGCUGCGCAGGCCCUUCAGGGAAGGAACCUCGGAAGGAGGGGGGCUGCUUUCAUGUAAGCCUUAAUAUCCUAUAUGGGGAGUGAAGCGGGAACUCGAAGAUACAGUGCCGGAAAGACAUGGCACUGGUUUGGACCACGCAGAGCGUGA